UUUUAUGAAAUUUCUUGUUUUAAAAUGGUAAUGUGUCGACUUUGUGGAAAAAAUUCUCCUAAGAAUGACAUUCUUAAGAAAGACCGUCACUUCCAGGAAAAGGCCAACGACGUAAUUUGUAUGUGGCUCAUAACCAACAAAGACUCCUUGCCGAACGACGUCUGCGACCCGUGCCAAACCCAAGUGGAACAAUGCUACACCUUCAAACAUGCCUGUCGAUCAACCCAACAUGCCUUCAAAACCGGCGCCCUUGCCCUUCCCAAGCCACCAGCCCCCCUGGUGGACUGUUCCGACAUCGUGCAGCAAACGCUGGACCUCAUCACGAGUUUGGCCCCGCCGCGAAAGCGCGGCCGACCCCCAAAAGAGAACCGGCAACCACCGGUCGAGACUGUGACGGUCAGAGUGGUCAAGAUGAGGCGCAAAAAUGGCCACCGACUGAUGCCGUACCAGGACGAGAACGGGAACCGGCUGCUCGUGCCGCGACCGUGGGCCCGCAAGUACAAGGAAGCGGCCUACAUGUCGACGGAACAGUACCGGAAGUACGCCACCCGGAUGGACGUCAAGGCGCGGCCCAAGAAGACGAUCGUGUGCGACGAGUGCGGGAAGGAGAUUCCCGAGACGCGGAUCGAUGGCCACCGGAACAGGCACCUCGGGUUGACGCCGUACGAGUGUGAAAAGUGCGGCGACAGGUUCCACUGCAAGAUGAACCGGCGGAACCACGAGCUGAGGAACCACGUUGUGGGGGAGAAGCGGUCGUGCGAGACCUGCGGCAAGGAGUUUACCAGCAACAUGACCUACAAGCAGCACGUACGGGUGGUCCACGGGGAACGCCGCUAUGCGUGCACCAUUUGUCCGCUGAAGAUGGCAUCCAAGACCGCCCUAACGACACAUCUGAAGAUGCACAACCAAACGCGGGACUUCAAGUGUGCCGAGUGCGGGAAGAAGUUCUACGCCAAGUCGGUGCUCAACAUUCAUAUGCGGACCCAUAGCGGGGAGCGGCCUUACCGGUGCAGCGUGGAGGGUUGUGGGGGCGAAGGGUUCGUACACCGGAACAUGUACGUGUUUCACAUGGAGCGGAACCAUCCGGGGGAGCCGUUGAUGUACCUGGAGGCAAAAGGCAGGAUUAAAGAGUCGUGGAGGAAGAAGUUGGCCAGUGUUUAGGCUUCCUGCAGGAGUUGUGAAGAAUUUAA